AUAAACUCCUUUGGGAAAAAGCUGACGAGGAAGGUUUGGAAGAGCUUGGUCAAGAAAUUUUAAGAUCUAGUACCGAAGAUAUUAAUAAUCGCACACGUUUACUUGACAAUGAAAUGAAGUUGCUUGAUAUGGAUCCAAAUGAUGAGCCAGAAGAAGAUGGUGCAAAUAUAGAUCUUGAUGCACACCGUAAAGGAAAAUGUGCUGUGAUUAAGACAUCUACACGACAAACUAUUUUCUUGCCUUUGAUUGGUCUUGUUGAUCCUGCUACUAUCAAGCCAGGUGACUUGAUUGGUGUAAAUAAAGAUAGUUAUCUAGUAUUAGACACAUUACCAGCAGAGUAUGAUUCUCGUGUUAAAGCUAUGGAAGUUGAUGAGAAACCAACAGAAGAUUAUAAUGAUAUUGGUGGUCUUGAUAAACAAAUUGAAGAGUUGGUAGAAGCUAUAGUUUUACCAAUGACACAUGCAGAAAGAUUUAAAAAUUUGGGUGUUCUUAUGUAUGGUCCUCCUGGCACGGGUAAAACAUUGCUGGCAAGAGCUUGUGCAGCACAAACUAAUUCUACAUAUUUAAAAUUAGCUGAAAAAGCACCUGCUAUCAUUUUUAUUGAUGAAUUAGAUGCUAUAGGGACAAAAAGAUUUGAUAGUGAGAAAAGUGGUGAUCGUGAAGUACAAAGAACUAUGUUAGAAUUGUUAAAUCAACUUGAUGGUUUUAGCAGUGAUGAAAGAAUUAAGGUAAUUGCUGCUACAAAUCGUAUUGAUAUUUUGGAUCCUGCACUUUUACGAUCAGGUCGUCUUGAUCGUAAAAUAGAGUUCCCCUUACCAAAUGAAGAAGCCCGUGCUCGAAUUCUUCAAAUUCAUUCACGUAAAAUGACUGUUGGUAGUGAUGUAAAUUUUGAUGAAUUGGCACGUUGUUGUGAUGAAUUUAAUGGUGCUCAAUGUAAGGCUGUAUGUGUUGAAGCUGGUAUGUUGGCUUUAAGAAGAGGUGCUACUGAAUUGAGUCAUGAGGAUUUCAUGGAUGAAGUUAUGGCUAAAAAGAAAACUUCUUUACAAUAUUAUGCAUAA